AUGCUCCGAUCUCUAGCCAUCACGUUUUUAGCGAUCGCUGGUAUCGACGCCACAGACACUAACUGUUCGUGCGUUGAGGGCUACGUCUCCCGGCACAUGAACUGCCCCUUAUAUCCUUGGGAAUGUAUCAUCAUAGAGAAUGAAGAUACAAGAUGCGAGCACGUGGUCUGCAAGGAAGAUGAGCUUUGCGCCUACCUUUUCAUGGAUGUCUUCUGCGACAAGUGUCCUUGCUACGGCACACACAAUGCGACCUGUAUCCCCAAGACGGUGGAGUGCGACCCAGGCAGCAUUGUGAGGAAGCUCGGGAAUGAAACCGUCUGUCUGGAUUGCGCUUCGGCAGUGAGCGUGCUCACCGGUUAAAGACCGGCACUCA